GGCUGCGGGGCCGGAUGGCCGAGCCGCCCGCCCCGCGCACUCGGGCGGCGGCCGGCAGCGGGCGAGCACACCGGGCGAGCCCUCCGUGCCGGGAGAGCCGGCCCUGCGGCACACGGCAGCGCCAUGGUCUCAUGGAUCAUCUCCAGGCUCGUGGUGCUUAUAUUUGGCACACUUUACCCUGCAUAUUAUUCUUACAAAGCCGUGAAAUCAAAGGACAUCAAAGAAUAUGUCAAGUGGAUGAUGUACUGGAUCAUAUUCGCGCUCUUCACCACAGCAGAGACGUUCACGGAUAUCUUUCUUUGCUGGUUUCCAUUCUACUAUGAACUCAAAAUAGCUUUUGUAGCUUGGCUGCUGUCUCCAUACACAAAAGGCUCCAGCCUCCUGUACAGGAAAUUUGUUCAUCCAACUCUUUCUUCAAAAGAAAAGGAGAUCGAUGACUGCCUCAUCCAGGCGAAGGACCGGAGCUACGACGCCCUGGUGCACUUUGGCAAGCGGGGGCUGAACGUUGCAGCCACGGCAGCUGUCAUGGCAGCUUCCAAGGUCUCUCAGCUACUCCAUUUACACUUGUAUUGGGACCAGAAAAAAGGGCAGGGACAGGGAGCCCUGUCUGAGAGGCUACGGAGCUUCAGCAUGCAGGACCUGUCGAGCAUCCGUGGGGACAGCAGCAGCACCGUCCCUCCCUCGGUCACUGUACGGACAAGCAGCAAACAGAGCCACCCAAAACCAUCCAGAAGUGCAUCAGAAGGCACUGGCAGCUCAGUGUGCACGUGUUGCUCGGUGUGCCGACUCCUCAGAGGUGAAUUAAGUGUGGACAUUAGGUAUGAGAAGCCACCUGAGACAAACUGUGAAACAAAAGGCUCAGUGUUCUCAGAUGAUGAAGAGAAUGAUUGUGCAUCCAUGAACAAAAGGCCCAAAAAGAAGGAUCCACCCCUUGAGGCACCGCCUAGGACUCUUAGACCUCGCUUCAGGAAGAAAAGUACCUCGUCCUCUGCCACUGAAACAAUGUGAGUGCAAUGAGCCAAUAGCACCAAGAUCCACAGAAUGUCUCUCUUCUGCCUUAAAGAGCUACUUGUUCAUAACCUAGGAAGCAGCAGUGGGAUGGAUGUGCUUUGAUGUACAGCACUGUAGACAUGGCCUUUCUCCUCCCCUCUCCACGUCCUUCUGUGGCACUCUGCUGAUGUUUGUCCCUGCUGUGGGUAGGACAGUCUGGCAGGCACCUGCAGGUGAGGGGUCCUGGUUUGGUUUGCAGAAUGUGCACCCACCCACAGUGUACAUUUACAGUUUCAUUUGUGUCUGCAUAGCUCUUGCUCUGUGAAUGCCCAGAGGAAACAACAAUAAUCAGUUACUCAUGAUGCUACAUUGACAGUGUAUUUAUUUAUGGCUUUAUCAUGGAUGAAGUGGAUUUGCAGAACCCAUGGAUUUCUCUUUCCUCCCUUCCUCCUCAAGACUGUGAAUGAUGUAACAAAUGUCAAAGUACUUUGACUGUACAAAAUGUCCAAGAUUUGUUAGAGAAAGCUGAGCUGCAACUGAGUUUUUCUGCAAGUAAAUCACAUGUUCUGAGAAAACCAUUGUGCUAAACCCACAGAGACAAAACCACUUACAGAGGAUGAGGAAGUGAUGUGCAAGAGAAAAAAAAAUUGUUUCAAUGAUGUAAUGAAGGGGGAGUCCUAAUUUCAAUCAGCCUGAGCCAGGAGAGUAUUUUGUGGAAAAUGACGUAUAGAAGAACUAAAUCCCACCACUUGUGGCCAAUGUUCUACUGCGAGUUUUAAAGUGUGAGCAAGCCAGGCUUGAGCAAGCUGCAGCAACAGAAAUUCGAAUUGCUUUAGUGAUGCAUUUCCAGGGGAAAAGACACCUUUCUUCCCUGCUGCAACAGUGCUAGUCCCAGCACUCUGCUCUGCUGCUGAGGGGCUGCUGUUCUGCUUGCAUGAGCAGAGGAGGGUGCUGGGUCUGAGCUGCUUUUUGAAGCCUGGAGUUUCUCCUGUAGCAUGGAGUUUGGUUAGAACCACAAGAACCAGAUGGAGUGGUUUAUUUGUAUCCAUAUAUAAAUGGGAAAUAUAAAAGAAGAGGAAGACAUGGUAGGGUUUGUGUAUUUGUGCUUCAAGUUGGUGUCUCUUGUAAGUGUUGAGCAUGUGAGAUUCACACAUAAGUUAAUUACGUGACCCUUUGUGUUUGCUCUUGGACCUGUCACAUAGACUAGAAAAGGAUUUAGCAUUAUGUAGGAUGUGCCAUCACCAGUGGAUCAGCACAGGGGCUCCAUGGUGUCACUGUUCAUCUGGCUCAGGUGCAGCAGCCCAGGGUGCCAAAAGCCAGCUGGAGUGUGCCAGGCUCACAGAUAACUCUGAAGUGGCCUUUGAAACCAUUUCUCUGCCAGGUGUGCAUCCAUAUCCCAGCUGCCCACCUGGUGGGUCCCUGAGGUCACCCCCACAGCUUCCUACAUGUGUGGGGCAGAAAGAAAUAAAUUACAUGCACACAGAAAUGUUUAUCUGACCUGGCUAGGAAAUGGAAAAUCAAGCAGGUGUUUCCUGUGUCUGCCACAGUAUUUGGCCUCAUUACACGAGAAUUUUAUUUCCAUGUGCUGAUUCAGUCAUAUUUUGCAAAUUUUGAAAAAUUCUCCAGAAAUUAAACUAAAAAAAAAAAACCCAAACAAACCUGUCUAAAGAGCAGUUACAGAAGAGUUGGUCCUUGGAAGAUACUCAGCAAAAGCUUUGAGAAGCUAAGCUAAUGUAUUUUAGUUCUAAGCAGCUUUAGAGUUUAUUUGAUUUCUUUUGGCUAACAUUAAAAAGAAAUAGGAAAACUGCCUGCACUGUUAGCAGAAAAUAAAAUCCUGUUGCAAGCAAGCCAUGCUUCCCUGCUAUGCAAUGGGCUGCUGUAAGAUAAAAAAGAAGCUGACAAGUUUGCACUCAAUUAUGCCAAAUAACCCCAACAACAUAGAGCUGCAUAACAUCUGACAAGUUCUAAUCUCAGCCACGCUGUAUUAACAUUGAUUCUCACUAAAACUAUUUAAUGUGUGUCUAAUCUGCUGUUUUACUGUAAACUUGACUGUUUAGCAUUUCUUAAGUGCUGAGGUGAAAUGUUGACAAGGGAGUUGCCUUAUAUCUCUCAAAACAUUCACUGUAUAAAUGAGAAAAAUAAACCUUUUCAUAUCUCUGGAAAAGAAAAACUGUAUUAUCAACGGAGCUGUAUAUUUGCAUAUAGAUAGACAGAAAUGUGAAUGCCUGACCUCGUGCACUCGUGCUCCUUGUGCUCCAGUGCCCUGUACAGACGAGAGCAGCCACUCGCUUUGAUUCCUCACCUUCCUCGCACAGGUUGUUUACAGGGGCUGUCCCCAGCCUGUCAGCUCGGUGUCACAGCUGCUGUGUUCAUUCCGGAUAAACACCACCCGUGAAGUCUUUCUUUUGUUCCAGCUUUUCUCUGGAGCCUCUGGCAAUGAGCGAGUCCGGUUCGGUGAUUCUCGCCUUCCUGCGCUGCUGCUGACCCCUCCUGGCAAACCGGGGUGUGCAGGAGAGAUGGAUGGAUGGAUGGAUGGAUGGAUGGAUGGAUGGAUGGAUGGAUGGAUGGAUGGAUGGAUGGAUGGAUGGAUGGAUGGAUGGAUGGAUGGAUGGAUGGAUGGAUGCUUUCUAGGCAUGUGUUGGAAAGGAGCAGUUCUCAGCUCCCUUCCCGCUCCAGCUCUGGGUGUGCAGGCUGGUUGAGCACUUCCAGAUCUCCCCUCCUAAAAUCAAGCAAUCUUUCAGCUGAUGGUUUAAAAUAGCGGAUCUGGCUCAAUUUAAAAAGCCCAGUUUUGGGGCCUUUCAGGCAGCUGGCCCCUACCAUCAGUCCUGUAGGGCAGGCAGCAUGUCCUGAUGUCGCAGAGAGGGCUGAGAGAGUGGAACUCUGAAGAGAACAGGCCAGCCCAAGGAAACAGCCUUUACCCAGCUCAAGGCUCCAGUGAAAACUGCAUUAUUUUAAUCACAUAAAAUUGAGGCUGAGGGGAGAGAAACUGCAGCUGGAGGUGGUCUGUGGUAAACAGGCCUGUGAAUGACCUCCCCAAUUUACAUAAAAUCAUGCAGUUAUGAAGAAAUAAGCCUGGAGCAGCCCAGUGCUCCCCUCUGUGCCUCCUCUCCUGCCAUAGGGGUCAGCAUCAGCACAGCUCCAGCAGUCACCAACUGCUGAAUCAGGAUCCCACGAAUAACAAGACAGACUUCACAUGUGUCCCUGUCACCCUGGAAUGAAUCAACCUAAAAACCUUGUGGAAGUGCAAACCCAGCACAGAAGGGAAGAGAAUCAGGCAAUUUAUUCCUGCUAGGAGGGAGAAAGCUGCUUGGAGACAACACUUCUCCUGUAAACAACCUGCUGCCUCUGGCUGCCGGCGAGUCCUCGUGUCGUGAUGAACCCUUGUGCUCCUCACCCACAGUCUCCCUUUUGCUGUUAGUUUCAGGUUCCUGUUUUGCAUCCAGCACAUUUGAACUAGCAGAGAACACAUCGGGAUUUGCGUUUAGACAAACUAUUUAAGGCUCAUAAUUGUGCACUUGGUGUGAUUUCUUUCCUGUGAUGGGUAGAAAAGGUACACUCGAUGCCUCACAAGGACAGCCAUUACCAACAGAAUUCCAAAGGCUGAUGUUUUGCUGGUUUUGUUAUACUGCUUGAUAUACAUCUUGAAUAAAGUCUUAAUCUUUUCUUUAUUAAAAAAAAAAGAACAAAAAACAAAACCAAACAUCUUUAGUCUGUUCAAUGUAUCUGGCAGGCCAGAAUAAUCACUUUGAUUGCUGUAUUAUUUUUAUCUGAAUUCUGGCUGACUGUAUAUAGAUGUAUUCACUAAGUGCUGCAUGUCCUUCAGAACUUUCUGUAUCAUGAACUGGAAAAAAGAACAAAAUACAGCUACUGAACACUCUGA